GGAAUUUAGUGCACAUCAAACGUUCUCAUCAAAAUUGUACGUUGUAUAAUUGUGAAAAUAUUGUAAGCAGAGAGUGAAAAAUAAAAGGGGUUAUUCAAAAUGCGCUUUGAUCUGAAGGAAUUGCUACUGGUUUCCAUGUCCACCAGUCCGAAUGGAGUCAUACGUCGCCACAAGAGAUUCAACUUCGGAAAAGUGAGCUACUUGGUGCACUAUGAGCUGCAGAAGGGUAAGCUGAUGAUUUGCCAUGUGAAGCAGAUUCGACGCACUCCCUCCUUGGCCAGUCGUCUGCACAGACGUCGUCGUCUUCUGAAGCGGAUUUUGCAUGGAGGAAGUGCAUCCACAGUGGUCGCCAAGCCGCCAUUUGCACGGGUAGAUGGGUGCACUCAAACCUGUCUGCAACACAACUCCAUAGCCGUGGGCGUAGAUUUGGUGAUGGAAAGCGCUACCAGCCAAACGCCGCACCAGGACUGCCUCAGCAGCCAGGUGGACACCGCGGACUUGAUUUGCACCAACUCCGCGGAAUCACAGACCCCCGAUCCCGACCAGCAAUUUACGACGAUUGCUGUGGGCACAACAGUGCAUCUGGACAGUAGUGCCAGCCAAACGCGUAUCCAAGAGUGUAUUACCAGUCAUGUGGACACCUCCGAUUUGAUCAUAGCCGUUUCCAAGGAUCAGCAGACAUUCAAUCCCGAACAUGGGACCUUUGCCAGCCAAACAGAUAGUAACGAACUGAACUAUCGCACCAGCCAAACGGAAUUGAGCACCAUGACCAUCACCACGCAGACCAAGCUGGUCAACGCCUGUCUGGGCAUCCAAGCGACGGUUCAGUGUACCGAUGCCACGGUGCAAACCAAUGUGGACCACCAACACACCAGUACCCAGACCAGCGACGACGAGGAGAUAAUAAUCAAACCGCAUAUCCAGGCCCUGUACCUCAUACAAGAAUCUAUCCAGAACCAGAGCGACCUCAUCCAGAACGAGGUGCUGGAAGCCGUCAAUCAACUGGUUGAUAUCACAAUGCUCCAAAUCAAGCAAAUACGAAUGGAGUUGGACCUGCCCAGAGAGGCGUCCUUGGAGCCAAUGACACCCAAUUUGUCGAGCCAGAUCGGGGAUAGCGAGUCAAGGGAGAAUCUCUCGGGCGAAGCGGAGACCAAGAAAGACUCCUUCAAGUUGAAGCCCAAAUACAGGAUUGUAAGAUUCGGCAAGAGGUGUUCCAUUGGUCCCUCGUGGUACUGUACGAUGAAGUGCAAAAGCUGUGGUCUGCACAUGCACCGCACCAGGCAACGCGUGCCCAGCGAAAACCAUGAAACCCAAACGGAAGAGGAGAAGACAAAGGAAGCGGUGGUCAUGGACGAGGUGGCCACGCAGACGAGCAAGGAUCGUGUACGCUGGAAUCUCAUGCGCAGCUAGAGCGGAUCCACGAUGUCCUGGCAACUUACCCCAGCAGCCAGGCCGCCGUUCCCAUCCAGCUUGGACGCAUGUUGAUGAACUUGUGCUUGCCGACUGACACUUUUAGCAUGUGGCAAGCAACGAUUUCGAGUAAACGCAAUCGAAUUAGAGUUUCUAAGUCUUUUGCUUGUGGCGCCAAAUGCUGAGAAAGUGCAUCUAAAAAUUCGCGUCAACUACGAGCACGGUUUUCAGUUCGAAAUUCGGUAUCUUUGCCACUCGGAUUUGGAUUUUCAAGUUCCGCAAUUCGACCGCAGAUACGUCCGCACACGAUAAAAUCUCGCCAAAGACUGAAUGAAGCGGGCCGGUCGUCGUCGCAGUUUAUGCCACAGAAACAGAACGAAGCCACCGAGUGGAUUCGGGUAGUUCAGCUGGGAGCUGCGCCAUGUGUGAGUGGCCAACAUGACUAACCCACCACGUUGGGUUGGACCAGUGCCCGGGCACAAACACUCUGAUUCUCGGAAGAAAGUGAACUGGGAGUUUUUUAGUUGCUAUGCAAAUAUGUAUUUCCUGCUUUCUAAGAUAGAAUUUUACAUCCAUUCAUUAGUCUUAUUAUAUUAUUAAGUUUUUAAAUUAGACUGUAACGUCUUAAGUUUUUAAAUUUAAAGUUUUUAUGACAUACUUUUU